UGCAGAAUUUUGUAAAGGCCUGGACAAUUUUUUUACAGUUGACGGCGAAUGGACGGACUGGGACUCAUGGUCGGAAUGUGACGUCACGUGUGGCGGCGGCAAGAGCUACCGAAACAGAACAUGUAUCCCACCACGAGCUGGCGGCCAGUAUUGUAAUGGAAGUGAUGCUGAAUUCGCAAUCUGCAAUACAAACCCGUGCCCAGUUCCCGGCGAAUGGAAUUCCUGGGGUCCAUGGUCGCCAUGUUCUGCCACUUGUAUCGGCGGCAAGAGGGAACGGACCAGGGAAUGUGACCUCACGACACAUGGCGACAUCACUGGGCCAUGUAUUGGUGAUGCUUCUACUUUCGAGAAUUGCAACCUGUACCCUUGCGACGAAUAUCUUCGAACAUGCAGCGAGAUGAAGACAAGGGACUUCGUGGACAAUGCUUGGGUGCAGCUAGACCCUGACGGUAAAGAUACAGGCGUAGAACCAUUCUAUGCAUGGUGUGACAUGUCGGCUGACGGUGCAAUUGGAAUUACUGAGAUAGGUCACCAGUUCCUCAACGACACCCAUGUCCAGGGCAAGGAAGGAAUCUGCGAAUUCAGUAGAUCCGUCGAGUAUGACAAUGCCACCUUGGCCCAACUCACGAGUCUCAUCGACACAUCAGGGAGCUGCACACAAGACAUCAGAUGGCGUUGCCACUCGGCCGCCAUCACCUCCAUCUUCAGCGACUCGGUUAAGUUUACUUACUGGACGAAUCGUGACGGACAGGAGCGGGAUUAUUGGGAAGGUUCCGACUCGUCUUUGGCGAAGUGCGCCUGCGGGAUCAGGGGAGAUUGCGAUGACCCAGAUAAGGUGUGCAACUGUGACUCGAAUGACGCCGUCUGGCGCCAGGAUUAUGGCGUGCUCCGUAACAAGCAGGACCUGCCCGUUACUGGCUUUUGUGCGGGCGACACGGGAGGUGAUAUGGAGCAGGGGUACUUUAGAAUAGGAAAACUGAAAUGCUUUGGUUGAUAAAAGGCUGACUAUAAAACGGCGAUGCCGCACAAAACAAUGGACAACGACUGACACAUCUUAGUUCUUACACAAGUUGACGUUAGGCUAGGUUUAUAUUAUUUGGGGUGAACAAGGGGAAGCUUGCGCUACCGGCGGAUCUUGAUUGACACAAUCCUUGAAAUAAAAUACCAACAAUAGACAAAAUACACCAACAAAGUGUUCGAUUUUACUUCAUUUUUCAUCGACGUCUUGG